AUGGCCGGAGUUUUCUCCAACGCCUUGGAGAUGAUCAAGGAGUUAUCCACUCCUCACGCCCUUCAAUUUCUGGAACCCAUUUGGAUUGGAGUUUAUAAGCAGCUUCAAAUGCUCCAAUACUCCUUACUACUUAUCCAACCGCUUAUUGAAGAUGCAGAGGAAAGGCAGUUGACGGACAAGGCUGUCAGCUUUAUGGUCGCCCAAGAAGCAAGGUGCGUGAAUUCUUUUUCUCUUGAUCAUAACCCACUCUUGUUUAAACUUCAGCUGGGGAAGAAGCUCAGUAACGUCAAUGAGAGAAUAAAUGAGCUUAUUGAGGAGAUGGGCAAGUUCAAAUUAAGGGUUCUUGAAAACAACAACAAACCUUUGAAGAACAGGCCUCAAACCUAUUCAUAUGUGGACGAAUCGCCAGUUAUUUUUGGAAGAGAUGAAGAUAAAGAGAAGCUAGUGCAUAUGCUGAUCCGUGAUAGUUUUGAUGAGAAAGUGGCUGUGGUUUCUAUAGUCGGUAUGGGUGGUCUGGGUAAGACUACACUUGCUCAGUUGGUCUAUGCAGAUGAAAGGGUCAAGAAUCAUUUUAAACAAUGCAUAUGGGUAUGUGUUUCUAAUGAUUUUGACGUGCUGAAGCUUGCUCGAGGGAUCAUACAUACAGCUACUGGGGAAAAUUAUGAUCAUACAAACAUGGAGGUGCUGCAGAAGGAUUUGCGAGAUGUCUUGGGGCAGGAGAGAUAUUUGCUGGUAUUGGAUGAUGUAUGGAAUGAAGAUUUCGAAAAGUGGGAUGCACUUAGAAACAUGUUGCUCGAUGGAGGAGAAGGAAGCAGAAUUCUUGUGACCACACGCAAUGAAAAAUGCUCUCGACUGAUGGGUGCACAAAGACAUCAUUUUCUAAGGGGUUUAUCAGAAGAAAGCUCUUGGGUUUUAUUUGAACAUAAAGCAUUUGCUGUAGGUGCACCGAAGCCACUGCCAAAAUUGGUGGAGAUUGGUCAGCAGAUUCUUGAUAAAUGCCAAGGAUUACCACUUGCUAUAGAAGAAUUGGGGAGUUUCAUGCAUUACAAGAGCAAAGAAAGUGAAUGGCAGGCCGUGUUGGAAAAUAUUGAAACAUGGAAGUUACAAAGUACGCAAAAUGAAAUCAUACAAGAGCUGUGGCUAAGCUAUGUUGAUUUGCCUACUCAGUUAAAGAAAUGUUUUGCCUUUUGCGCCAUAUUCCCAAAGGAUCACGAUAUUAAGGAAGAGCAGCUGAUUCAAUUUUGGAUGGCUCAAGGGUUUAUUCCAUCUCAAGAAGGAACUGAUAUGGAAGUAGAAGGGCGAGAGAUUUUCACUGAGUUGAUAAGGAGAUCUCUUUUACAAAAUGAUUGUUCUCUUCAACCAUUGGAAAAAGGAAGAGUGUGUAAGAUGCAUGGUCACAUCCAUGAUCUGGCACAACUUGUUAUGGAAAAUGAAUGCUUCUUCCCAUUGUUGAAAAGCACUGCAGCCCCCAAAAUCCCAAUAAAAGCUCGUCAUUGGAAUUUAUAUGCUGAUGAAAAUUGUGAAAAAGGGGAUUGCUCCAUCAUCCAUACUGUGCUAUAUUGUAGAAGAGACUUAAGUGUGUUGCCAAAGUUGAAGUUGGUGAGGGUGCUCGACUUGAGUCACACAAACAUUAAUGAGUUGCCUGCAUCAAUAGAGCAUUUGCACCAUCUAAGAUACCUCGAUAUUUCUUAUACUCUUAUUGGGAAACUACCGGAAUCCAUUUGUAUGUUGGUUAAUCUGCAGACAUUGAAACUCCAUGAUUGUUAUAAACUUUCCGAGGCGUUGAAGGCAUUACCUGCUGGUUUGAAUCAAUUACAGAACUUGAAAACAUUAACACAAUAUACUGUGGGAGAUGAUGCAGAGAACAAUAUAGGACAAUUAAAGUCCUUGAAUCCUUUUGGUGAACUUGCUUUGUAUAAUCUGCAGAAGGUGAAGAAUGCGGAUGAGGCUAGAAAAGCUAAUUUGGGCAAACAAUUUCCAGUGUGGAUGGGAGAAAGGCAACAAUUCCAAUAUCUACAUCGCAUCGAACUAUCUGAAUGCAUAGAAUGUGAGCAACUCCCUCCACUUGAGACAUUACCCAGUCUUGCAUAUCUGAGUAUCAGUGGCAUGGAUGGCAUCAAACACAUUAUUAACAACAGCAGAGGCAAUAAUGCUCUGCAAUCAUUCCCUGCAUUGAAGGAGUUGAGUUUAUAUAGAAUGAUGAACCUAGAGGGGUGGUGUGUGGAGGAGGGUAGAGAAGCAAAUCUGUGCUUGUUUCCGUGCCUCACUGAGAUGCAUAUUACAGAAUGCCCCAAGUUGACAACCAUGCCAUCCAUUCCAACUCUCCAGGAGUUAUACAUUAAUCAAUCAUUCUGUGAGACACAAAUCUCUCUCGUGUCUGAAGUAAGAAGGUUCUUCAAGCAUUUGGAAUCUUCUCAGAGUUUGAGUAUGAAGUCUUGUACUGACAAUUACAAAAGUUUGAAGUUCCUCGAUGAUCUGACAAUUAGUUCUUGCAAGAAUUUUACUGGUGUAUCAUCACAAGGUGACUCUGUUCCACCCUUUCUGAAGAGUCUUGAAGUUUUUGAAUGUGAUUCUAUGAGAGAAUUGCCCACGUGUCCCACAUCACUCCAGUCCUUGAGUAUUAACAGGUGUCGAGGCAUCGAGUCUUUGGGACCAGAAAUGGGACACCUUACUUCACUAUCCAAAUUAGAAGUAUCUAGAUGUCCCAAGCUGGUGUCUCUAUCCAACGGGAUGCAAGCCCUCACUUCCCUUCAGUAUCUAUCUAUUGAAUUUUGCCAGGCGCUGAAGUCAUUCCCAGAAGGCCUCCAACAACUACUUCCUACUCUAAAAGAACUAGAACUAAAAAUCAAAAAAUGCCCUGAGCUAGAGAGGUUAUGCAACCCUGGAGGAGACUAUUAUGACCUUCUCUCUACCAUCUCAGAUAAACAAAUAGGAGAAGAGCCGGAGUUAGAAUCAAAGCCAGAACAGAUAAUUCAAGUUCCUAAUGAGAUUAGUAUUGGUGCCAAACAAGCUUUGAAGUGCAUCGUCACAGAUUGGUUCCUUCUAUCAGCGAUUUUGAUUUGUGCUAUUGCCUGUUUCAUAAAAUUCCUUUUCAACCAACUUGAUAACCAGAAUGAGAAAGAGUUUUGGUAUAUCCCGCCAACAUGAAGACAAAAA